CUUCGUGCGCGCUCCCGGGCUGAAGGCGAAUGCGGUAGAAGAGGAGAAAACAAGCGGCGGCGGAGACGAGACGCGACUCACCUCCACAUCACAAGACCGAUUUUUUGUGGCGGAAAUCUCACGCCCUGUCGGGUCGUGAUACCGUCGGGGACGGCGGAGGAUACUCACGGGCAGAAACCAUAGGAUGCAGUGUAGACUUGGCUGCUGACUGGUCUGCAGCCUCUCUUGUCCCUGGAGUCAGCCGGUUUGGGGGCAGAUUCCUGCAUUCCCCUCUUCUCCAUCUCAGCCUUUGCCUGGACAAAACUAACUGCCUGCCAUUGGAGUACACAGCUCGUCCUCGCCUGUGUUGCCCGGAUCAGCACAGCUCAUCUCCUGACUGUGGAGAGCGCAGCAGCUGCACAAGAUUCACCUUCUACCAACUGAUCCCACCCAGCCCCGCCCACACCUCCCCGUCACCAUGGUGCUGUCACAACGACAACGAGAUGAACUAAAUCGAGCGAUAGCCGAUUAUCUACGUUCCAAUGGAUAUGAAGAGGCAUACUCCACUUUCAAGAAGGAGGCGGAAUUAGAUAAUAAUGAAGAAUUGGAUAAGAAGUAUGCUGGCCUUUUGGAAAAAAAAUGGACCUCAGUCAUCAGAUUACAAAAGAAGGUGAUGGAGCUCGAAUCCAAACUGAAUGAAGCUAAAGAGGAGAUCACCUUGGGAGGGCCCGUCAGUCAGAAGCGCGACCCAAAAGAGUGGAUCCCACGCCCGCCAGAAAGAUAUGCGCUGAGUGGCCACCGCAGUCCGGUCACGCGCGUCAUCUUCCACCCAGUCUUCAGUGUCAUGGUGUCGGCUUCCGAGGAUGCAACUAUAAAGGUGUGGGACUAUGAAACGGGAGACUUUGAACGCACACUGAAAGGCCAUACAGACUCGGUGCAGGACAUCUCUUUUGACCUGACUGGAAAACUGCUUGCAUCCUGCUCUGCAGACAUGACUAUCAAGCUAUGGGACUUUCAAGGCUUUGAGUGCAUCAGGACCAUGCAUGGACAUGAUCACAAUGUUUCGUCUGUAGCCAUCAUGCCCAAUGGAGAUCACAUUAUUUCUGCCUCGAGGGACAAAACCAUGAAAAUGUGGGAGGUGGCAACUGGCUACUGUGUGAAGACCUUCACAGGCCACAGGGAGUGGGUCCGUAUGGUGCGGCCCAACCAGGAUGGCACACUGAUCGCCAGCUGUUCCAACGACCAGACAGUGCGCGUUUGGGUCGUGGCCUCGAAAGAGUGCAAGGCUGAACUGCGGGAGCACGAACAUGUGGUGGAGUGCAUUUCUUGGGCGCCAGAGAGUGCCCACCCCACCAUCCAAGACGCCACAGGCUCUGAGACCAAGAAGAGUGGUAAGCCAGGCCCCUUCCUGCUGUCUGGCUCCAGAGACAAAACCAUCAAGAUGUGGGAUGUUAGCAUUGGCAUGUGCCUUAUGACACUGGUUGGCCAUGACAACUGGGUACGUGGGAUCCUCUUCCACCCUGGAGGCAAGUUCAUUGUGUCCUGUGCAGACGACAAAACCCUAAGGAUCUGGGACUACAAGAACAAGCGUUGCAUGAAAACCCUGGGUGCCCACGAACACUUUGUUACCUCUCUGGAUUUCCACAAGGCUGCUCCCUACGUCGUCACUGGGAGUGUAGAUCAAACAGUAAAAGUGUGGGAGUGCCGCUGAUUUGGACGUUGGAGGAUUGGACCACUACCCUAAUUACCCAGACGCUCUUGAUCCCACCUCCCCUCCUGCAAUCCCAUCUUCCCUUUCAUCCCACCUCCCCCCACCCCUUCACCUAACAUUAAGUCAUACCCUGCACAUCUUCAUCUCCUCCGGCUGCACUUACCAUCAUGGUUAUUUACCCAUUGCGCUCUUUGGUCCAAUAACUUUUGUCCUUCUUUGUAAAUUAUUCCUGGAUGUAGAUCGAGCUAUUAAAUGUUACACAAAAAAGUAUUCUUGCAUGGUAAUCCAAAAUUGUAUACUGUAAAUUUACAUAACGUUGUCUAGAAGUACCAUAGGUUUAACACGUGGCUGGCCGUCUGUCACGCAGCCUUACAGACCAACCGAAAGAUGUUUUUGACUGGGUGUAAAAUGUAGGGCACUAAAAACCAAUAAUUUAAGAAAUGACAGUGUCUUUAUGUGUAAGAUUUAUUUUUGUCUAUUUUUUUAUUUAGGAAUUUUUUCCCUGUUAUUUCUCUCCUUCACUGUCGUAGUCGGUUGGUGCCUAGCUUGGUGAAUCUUUCGAGAGAUAAGGCAGGAAAAGCAUAUACGACGCGAUAAGAUACGAUUGUCUGUGGGGCUUUGUUAUUGAAAUAAUCUGUAGCUUUAUAACGUCACUUCUCAAGUGUGCAUACCAUUUCUCUUCAUGUGGAACUAGGUAAUAUUUUAAUGGCUGUAUAUACGAAUGUUUCAAACUGUUGUCCUUGGACCUCGGGGGUUUAAAAACAGCUUUGUACUCUUGUCAUGUUGGCACAUGAACCACUGCUAGGCUUUAGAUAAAUUAUCCCAUUAAAUGAAUCUGCAGCGAAGAAUAAAAAGUUGAAAUGUUUCAAGUGGCUUUGUGAAUAACCACACCAAGGUUUUUUUACAAGAAGCCCAAUGUAGCAAGCAGGUUUGUUUGGCUCUGGUUGUGAACGCCCUGGGUCACAGCAGCGCCUGAGCAGAGUUAAGGGAUUACACCUGUUUAAUCUCUAGCACUUGACGAAGACCUUGGGUGUGUCUCCCUUUACGAGAAGAUUUCCUUUGACCUUGCAUGUCAGACUUUUAACAGACUAAACUCUCUGUCCACUUGUAGUCCCCUGACUGGUCAGCGUUGGUGGGGAUUAAUGUACCAUAGGAAUUAUGUCAAAUCAGUGGACACUCAGUUGACGCAUGGUGCAUCUGAAAGACUUGUGUGAAACAAAGCUGAAGGCAUGACGAGGAGUCAAAGUGAGCCCCCUGGGUUUAAUAUCUGGGAUGUGCAAAGAUCUUAAAUAUCUGAGGGUUAAAAUAUAGGUUCUGCAUAAUAAAAAUGGUUUUGAGUGAAGAAAAAAAAAGUUUUCUGUGAAAAUAUGAAUUGUAAAUUUAGCUUGUUAUUGAGAGAUUUGGAAAAUUUUGUAUCAUUGUAAAGGAUUAGCUGGAUGGGAAUGUAGAGUUAGUGAGGGCGCGCUAGCAGCUAGAGUCUGUUGUCUCGAGAGGAGUAUGAUGUUGAAGUUGGGUUUAUUGUGACGAGCUCCUCGAUGAAAAGAGGUGGUGCAGCUCCUGGAUUGGAUAAUGGAGGAGAAUGCCAAAGCCUGAGCAGCGAGGAUCUCUGCAGACAAACCCCACUGACCAAUUCAGACGUAUGCAAACGUCUUCCUCAAAUGUGGCUUUCCUCAAAUGUUGGGUUUUUGAUCUUUUGCGGAGCUCUAACUAAAAUGAAAGAUGGGGGGGAGGGGGGGGCAGGCAAUGCUGUUGAAACAACCAUUCCACUCCCCUGGGAAGAAAAUGAACCAUCAUGCUUGUGACUGUAGUUGGCAAGGUGAUUGGUUAAUCUUGCACAUCCCUGUUUUCACCAAAUCUUUGGUCAUUUUAAUAAUGGCCAAAGACGACAUUGAAAUUUAAUGAUGUUGAUGAAUGCAUAAACCUAUAAUUUCUGAUUUAGCCUUUUCCAUUCCAAUGCAGUUCUUGGCUAAUAAAGAAUUCCACUGCUUAACUCAUCAUAUCUUAGCUUCUUUUGCCAAGUUUUCCUCUUCCUGUUUGUACUGGAUGUGGUGAUCUGAUGCUCAAGCUCCUAAUCUUGGCUACUGUGAGCCUCAUGUGACCUGUUGAUGUAGCACUGCUGCAUGUAGACCUGCACCAGCAGCAGAGCUGUCAGAACACUGAACUUUAACUAGACACAUGAAUACUGGAGCCUUUUCAUAAGAGACUUAUUAAUUGGGUUGAAUAAAGAAGUGUAUCUGAAUUAGUCUUGACAUUUUAGGAAAUAUGCUUAUAACUUUUUUUCUGUGAAGAGUUAGAUGUUUGAACCGUAAAUAUGAAGCAUACAGCUAAACCCUAAUCAAACAUGUCUUAUGGGGGAAUAUGUGCUGCAUUAUUUCUCAACUGAAACCAGUAACUUGCUGGGAUCUCCAUUGCCUAGCAACAAAGCUGCAAAUACAGUAUAAUUUAAGUGAAUUAAAUUCCUUUUUUGUGGAAUAAGAAUUUUCCAAGUAAAAUUCUUAUUCCACAGUAAGAAUUUUAUUGGGUAGAUUUGGGGUGACUUAUAAUCUUUGGGUCUUUAUUCAAUGAACUAUAUGAGACAUGUCUUCAAGUUGUGCUGAAAAUGCAGAUACAUUAUUAUAAAGUUUAAGUUGGUAAACCAGAAGCUGUUCACACAACCACUUGUGUUGGGGUAAUGCUGCAUUCAGGCACCGUCCGAAAAAUGGGAGGAACAGGGAAUACACUGGUUUUUUUAAAAACAGAGUUUGAACGUGCUCCCUCCAGCCACUGGGCAACUCAGAAUUGAUGCCUAAACAAUUGGACGUGAAUAUGCAGCAUGUUUUUCAGUAACUGUCUGGAGUCCCUCUGGUUGCCGGGAUCGUAGUUUCAAUAUGUUUACAGUCUCUAUGCUAAGCUAAGCUAACCCCCUGCAGACAUGAGAGUGGUAUCCAUCUUCUCGGCCAGAAAGUGGACCGGCUUAUUCCUCAAAAUGUCAAACUGUUCCUUUGACAACACCGAGUCCAUAGUUGAGUUCAGACAGCUCUGUUCACUGGUCAUCGAAAGGCUGGUUUUGUUGUGUGUGAUGCUAAAUGAAGGAGGUGUACCACCUCCAUCUUCUGUAAAUGCAAUGGGGAUUGUGGCAGACUAGGAUGUUCCAAAAGAGAAGCCCUCUCUUUCAGGGAAUAUUACUGAUGUCUGCCGUUGGUGUGUGCCCCUUCCCUGCCCCCCUCCUUAAAAUACGUUUUUUUUUUGUACAAGCUGUUUUCUCAUAGGUGGAGAAGCAGCAUAUUUUGUAGUCCCAUUUGACAUGGCUCAUGAAGAUGCCAAUGUGUUAAAUGUUCUAGCUCAAGCCAAAAAUGGAGACAUUUGUCAGUACAAUCUGGUUUAUCUCGAGAAGUCUGCCUCCCUUCUGUUGGUUGUGACCAACGUUUGAAAAAUUAUGCUCGUCUCCUCAGGAACACGCUAUGACAUGCCAGACCAUAAAAUGUAAAUUUAAAAAAAAAAGUUUACCUUCCUUGGUUUUACUCAAGGAAGGCGGUUAAUUUAAGGUCAGGACGACGUGUGUUCUGCUUCUUUUGUAAGAAAAGGUAGAUGAAAGCGACAACGCAGCUGCUGGUGUUGUAUGCCGGUUGGUGCGCCCUGUUGAAGAAAAUCCCCCUUUUGCCAUUCGCAGGUCCCAAGCAAUCCCUGUGCUGCUCUGGUCUGGUGUAUGUAGCGACUGACAGAUAGGUUGUGACAGUCUGUAGGUCAUUUCCUCCGACCUCAGGUCCACCUGUCCUCUGUCACGUGUCUGUGAACCACACCUGAGGGCUUCAGACUGCACAACAAGCUCCUACAGGAGAGCUCAUGAUGUUUUUUCGCCACUAUGGUCUCACUCUUCACUCAGCAAACUGUUAACAAUAUACCUGGAUGUCAUUAUUGUUUGCAAUAUAAUAAAAGAAGUCAAAUCUG